AUGACCAGGUUUGAAGAUGUGGCCGCACAAGUCACUGAGAGUUCUGUUUCUAUCGCGGUGGAAACUUGUAGUAGUAUAACCUCCGAAGCUGUUAAGCGAGCUCAGGAGCAGGCAGCUCCUAUGGGAUUUGCUCCCACAGAGACAGCUGUUGCACAUAAACCGACCAAGGCCCAUGUUCAUGUUCUACGUUUGGAUGCUCUUGGAAGAGAGAUAGAUGAACACGGACACGUGGUUAGUGUGACUAAACCAAGCAGUAUUAUUACAUUGAAAGUUAACAUCAACAAACAAAAGAAAGAUGCUUUUCGGAUUCUUAAACCUCAACUGGAAGUAGAUCCACAAGAGAACUUGCACCAUUAUGAUCAAAGGAUUGGUAUUGAGAAAAACAAGAUUUUGAGACCUAAACGUAUGAGUUUCAAGGUGAAGCAAGGGCAUCCGAAAAAGGCAAAGGAUGAUGAUAUGAAUCCCGAUUUGACAGAAUCAUCUGAAAGUGUCGCAAGAAAAGAGAAGCUCAAGGAGCAAAUCCCAGAUGUUGAGUGGUGGGAUGCAGAAAUCCUCACCAAUGACACCAUUACUGACUUAUUGUCGGAUCCAAAUAUCCUCAUCAAUGACACCAUUAAUGAAAGCCAUCUCAAGAUAAAAAAAAUUAUUGGUAACGUAGAGCAUCAAUUCCCCCUAGAGCCACUUGCAGAAUCAGCGUCUCCACCACCCCAGCUGCUUAAACUGACAAAGAAGGAACAGAAGAAACUGAGACGCUUGAGGCGUGUGGCAAAAGAAAAGGAGAAACAAAAGAUGAUUAGACUAGGUUUGCUUGAACCACCAAAACCAAAGGUGAAAUUGAGCAACCUAAUGAAGGUUCUUGCGUCUGAAGCAACCCAAGACCCAACCAAGCUUGAGAAAGAGAUCCGCACAGCAGCUGCCGAGCGUGAACAGGCGCACAGGGAUAGGAACACUGCGAGGAAGCUAACUCCUGCAGAGAAACGUGAGAAGAAAAAAAGGAAGCUUUAUGGUGAUCCAACAACAGUUGAGACGAUUGUGUCAGUGUACAAGAUCAACAAGAAGUUGUCGCAUCCCGAAACAAGAUUCAAAGUGGAGAUGAAUGCAAGACAGAACAUAUUAACAGGGUGCAGUGUGAUGACGGAUGGAUUUAGUGUUGUUGUGGUUGAAGGUAAUAGCAAAUCAAUAAAGACAUAUAAGAAGCUGAUGCUGAAGCGAAUAAACUGGGAAAAGACAGAGAAGAAGGAAGAAGAAGAAGAAGAGGAGAAUGGUGGAAACAAGUGUCGGUUGAUUUGGCAAGGAAGUGUUGAGAAACCGAGUUUUCAUAAGUUUAAUGUACAAGAGUGCUCAUUUGAAUCUGCUGCAAAGAAAGUUUUCACGGAUGCUGGUGUUCCACACUACUGGAGUCUCGCUCUCAAUUACUCAGACGACUAG